UUCCACCCCGGCCACGACCAACCUCCCCUGCUUCCACUCCGGGGAUGGGCCUCUCUCCCCUGCUUCCGGCGGCCCGCCCCUCCUCUAUGCGCCAUCCUCCACCAUCGUCGUUGCCAAAACAGAUCCCGCCACUGUUUGCCAGGACCUCGUCGAUGAUCUGUCGUGAGGCCCAGCGCCCCAUCGUCCGACGCGCCUAGCUAGCCCGCUCCCGCCGACCCUCUGCCCUCCCUCACCACGCGACCUGCGUGCUUCCCCCUACGACCACUGCAUGCCGCACCCGCGAGGAAACCAGCCACCCAUCGCUCCGGUCGCCCGUGCCAAAUCCAGAUGCAGUUCAGGGAGUCUUCCUGCUGCAGGUCGCACCGCUCUACCUACCAGCGCCGCAGCCAUGACGGUCGCCUCUUCAUGUGCCCUUGCUCUGCAUCUAAUUGGACACCCUGCACCCAAUCUCCGACACUGUAACCCAUGUACGCCUCGGCGCUGCUGCUCGCGGCCAGGAUCUGGCGCCCAGCAUCCCCAUCGCCUCCAUGUUGCGCGAGCACCGGUGGGUGCAGGCGGCUGUCUUGUCAUCGCAGGUAGAGGAGAACUCGGCCUACAGUUGGAUGGCACACCCACCAGCGACGGAGAGCCACCUCCCGCCGCCGGCCGGCCAUCCCCGAGUCGUCUGUGGCUCUCGCCCUAGCUUUGGAUCCAGCGAGCACCUUAGGGGCGCGCCGGCGAUGCAGGCCACGUACCUCUCCCCAAUCUCUGCAACGAGAAGCCAUCGACUGCGGACGGCGAGCUCCUGGAUCCUGCUGAUCUCGCUGUCCCCAACCCACAUGCGUGGCACGGACAUCGUUUCCUAUGACAGUUUCCGACACCCUGUGGUGUUGUUACCGUCAGCUACACCCUGUGGUAUUUGGUUUAAAUUACAGGAUUUUGCAAUUCAUGGUGUCGACGCAGAUUUUCUACCCUAUGAUGAUGAUGGGGACUUUGAUGAGGCAAUUGAUCUUGAUGAUGAUGAGGAUGAGCCAAAUCCUGACGAAUUCCAGUCUCAUGAUGCACUUAGUGGCUGGUCUUCUCGUACCAAGGGUGUUGCAAGAUAUCUCAAGACUUUAUUCGAUGAAGAGUCUGGUCGGGGGAGAAAGAAUGUUGUCAUUGAUCAUCUGGUAAAUGGAAAGUCUCGGAAAGAAGCCUCAAGGAUGUUCUUCGAGACCUUGGUCCUUUCGACGAAGGACUACAUUUAGGUGGAGCAACCAAUUCCCUUUGGUUUAAUAAACGUGAAGCCAGUAUCCAAGCUCCUGAAGACAGAUUUCUAGACCAAGACCAAGACCGCCUAGCAAAAGUGGCAUGAUAUACAUACAUCUUACAAUAUCUGUCACAGCACCAUCAACAACAUACAUAUUGUCUUCUUCAUCUUCGCCAUCGUUGUCGUGACUUGGCCGCUGUUGUUGGUGCGCUGCUACUGAAGUUCAGCUUGAGUGUGAGAGGAAAAAGAUUUCUGAGACAGAUUAGCUGCUGCUGUUGUCCUAGGUUUUUUUGGUCUUAAAUUAUUUCCGUUUCUAGGAAGUGUAUGUGUUGGUUGUGCAUGAAGCACGUGCAGUGUAUGUGUUUUGUUGUGCAUAAUUUUCUUGAUUUUCAAUAGCAUGUUAAGUUAAUGUUUCGGAAAUUC